GGCAUCUUUUUCUUUUUCCUCUCUACUAUCUAAUACUUUCUCCUUCCUUCGUCCUUCGCAGCUCCGUCCUUCCGGCUUCAUUCAACAUGGCUACCACUACCGUUACCACCAGUGAGUUCCCCGCCAGCGAUGUCAACAACUACGACUACAUCAUCGUUGGCGGUGGCACUGCUGGCUGCGUUAUUGCCAGUCGGCUAGCUCAGUACCUUCCCAACAAGCGCAUCCUCGUCAUUGAGGGUGGCCCCAGUGACUACAUGGAUGAUCGCGUCCUGAAGCUCAAGGAGUGGCUCAACCUGCUGGGGGGCGAGCUCGACUAUGACUAUCCUACUGUCGAACAGCCCAUGGGCAACAGUCACAUUCGUCACUCGCGCGCCAAGGUCUUGGGUGGUUGCUCCAGUCACAACACUCUCAUCUCGUUCCGUCCCUUCGAGUAUGACUGCCGAAGAUGGGAGAAUAUGGGCUGCAAGGGUUGGGGCUUUGAGACCUUUACCCGCUUGCUCGACGGUCUGCGCAAUACUGUCCAGCCUGUCCACGAGAACCACCGUAACCAGCUCUGCAAGGACUGGGUUCAAUCCUGUUCUACCGCCUUGAACAUCCCCGUUCUUUCCGACUUCAACAAGGAGAUCCGUUCCAAGGGUGAACUGAACGACGGUGUUGGUUUCCUCUCCGUUGCCUACAACCCUGAUGAUGGCCGCCGCAGCAGCGCUUCUGUCGCCUACAUCCAUCCUAUCCUGCGCGGAGAAGAGAAGCGCCCCAACUUGACUGUUCUGACCAACGCUUGGGUGUCACACGUCAACGUCGAGGGGAGCACCGUCACCGGUGUCGAUGUCACCCUCCAGUCCGGUGUUAAGCGCACUCUGCGCGCCAAGCGGGAGACCAUCUUGUGUGCCGGUGCUGUCGAUACUCCUCGGCUGAUGCUGCUCUCUGGACUGGGACCCCGUGAGCAGCUAUCGUCGCUAAACAUUCCUGUGGUUAAGGAUUUGCCUGGCGUUGGUGAGAACCUUCUCGACCACCCCGAGACAAUCAUCCUCUGGGAGCUGAACCAGCCUGUUCCUCCCAACCAAACCGUCAUGGAUUCGGACGCUGCCAUCUUCCUGCGUCGCGAGGCUCCCAAUGCGAAUGGCGAUGACGGCCAGGCUUCCGAUAUCAUGAUGCACUGCUACCAGAUUCCCUUCUGUCUCAACACAGAGCGCCUUGGAUAUGACGUACCCAAGGACGCUUUCUGCAUGACCCCUAACAUCCCUCGUCCCCGUUCUCGCGGCCGUCUCUAUUUGACUUCGGCCGACCCUUCCGUGAAGCCCGCCCUAGACUUCCGUUACUUCACCGACCCUGAGGGCUAUGACGCUGCCACAAUUGUUGCCGGAUUCAAGGCCGCGCGUGAGGUUGCCAAGCAGUCGCCCUUCAAGGAUUGGAUCAAGCGUGAGGUUGCUCCUGGCCCCAAGGUCCAGACCGACGAAGAGCUCUCCGAGUACGGCCGUCGUGCUGCCCACACCGUGUACCACCCGGCUGGCACCACCAAGAUGGGUGACACUACCCGUGACCCGAAGGCUGUUGUCGACCCGAAGUUGAAGGUCCGCGGUCUGAACGGUAUCCGCAUUGCUGAUGCGGGUGUUUUCCCCGACAUGCCUACUGUCAACCCCAUGUUGACUGUGCUGUCCAUUGGCGAGCGUUGCGCCGAACUGAUUGCUGAAGAGGCCGGCUGGACCCGCAACCAGCCUAGACUGUAAAGGGAUCGCCUGUGAUGGGUAUCCUUUUUCUUUUUCUUUGUUCGAAAGAACGAAUGUUGCCCGACGUCAACUCCCAGCGGCGUUGCAUUGGAGUCGAACAGGAUAUACUAAUUUUCUAUUUUGCUUUGUAUAUCUGUUGGUAUUAUGUAUAAAGCUUUGGGGGAAUAUUUGCUCUUUGAUAUGUUUGCAUUUGAGCGCUUGAGAUUCUCUUCUUUAAAAGCAGGAUAUAUAUAUAGAUGGAGAUGUGACAUGAUACGCUAUGAAUAAUGUACGUGUUGCUCCGAAUUUGAUACAUAAAUUCAAAAUUAGACAAUCUAUUGGUUAUCUAUAUUGGCAUCUAGCU